AUGGCCCAAACAAAUAUCACACUGUCCUCUAAAGUCAUCGCCAUCACCGGCGCAAACCGUGGCAUCGGCCUCGGAAUAGCCGAAUUCUGUCUCGUCAAUGAUGCAGCUCGAGUCUACUCCCUCGACAUCGGCGACACAACCGACGAAUUCCACGCUCUUUCCCAGCGCUUCCCCGACAAACUCUUCGCCGUCCAUACUGAUGUGACCCAGGAGUCGAGCAUCUCUGCAGCAGUUGACAAGAUUAUCGAUGAAGCCGGUGCGCUACACGCCAGAAUAGCUGCGCGUGCCUUCAUCCGGCUUGGAAUCAAGGGAUCCACUAUCUUCACAGCCUCAAUGGCAUCAUAUCGUCCGAACAAGCGCGUCCCCUCCGCCCCAUAUAGCGCCUCCAAAGCCGGCAUCUGCAACAUGACACACACCCUAGCGAUGGAAUGGGCGCCCCACGACAUCCGCGUCAACAGUGUCUCCCCCGGCCUCGUCAAUACAGCCAUGACCUACUGGGUGCCACAGCAGGAGGACUGGGAGCAGCAGUUGAAGUAUUAUGGUGGGUUUCCGAGGUUGGCGGAGGUACAGGAAUCGGGGGGUGCGUAUGUGUAUUUGUUGAGUGAUGCGGCGAGUUAUACGACUUCGAUUGAUAUUCCGGUUAAUGGGGUUAUUGGGAGUCCAAUGCAGUGUCAUAUUAUGCCAAAGUGGCUGCCUUCCAAAUUAGGAAACCGGGUGUUGCAUUCUGAGGAAGCCGCACCCAGCACCUUUCAGCCGCCGUAA